AUGAAGAGCGAGGGAAAAGAAGAGAUCCUUAAGGAAAUAAAAGAGCUUGAAAUCAGCGAGCUGAAGAAGAGCAAGCAUGCAAUAAUAAGCCGAAUAGUGCGGGGGAAGUUUCCAGAGGAGGAUCAAAUUGAGCUAAGGAGGGAGCUCCAAAAGAGGUUCAUCAAGGAGUCCGAGGGCAAGGAGGAAAAGCAUGAGGCAGAACUUGCAGGAACCGAAGAGGAGAUAAAAAAGCAGUGUGCCACGACAACGCACGCAGCGAAGAAGCUUGCAGAGUCGGACGGGAAGCUCUGCAAGGUGAAGCGGAGCCAGGAGAAAAUUUCCGAGGAGAUGAAAAAAGCAGAAGCAUCGCUGCAAAAGAAAAAAACAAAACAGUUCAAGGAGGAAAUUCUGUUUCUGGGCGCGUUUGGUCUUUUCUUUGGGAUAUGCUGCUAUAUUCUCAUGGACAAGUUUGUUUUAAACUGA